GAAGAUCAGUAGAAUUGCAGAACGCAAAGCCAUAAAGUCAUACAUCGUUCAAUAUGUCAGAUACGGUUGAAGGAAGCAAAAGAGCUUUUGAUGAAGAAUCUGUGAAGCAAGAGGCUGCGAAAAAACAAAAGAUUUUUUAUCCUGAUGAUCUACUAGAUGAAUGCAAGAUUGGAAUCACAGAAGAAGAUGUUGGUAUCACCGAGUUCCUUUGCCAUAAAAACUCCAGUACUAGAAUUAAUGGAACACUAAAGCAAAGAUAUACUGAUUUCUUGGUUAACGAAAUUGAUGUGGAUGGUAACGUGGUCCAUUUAACUGACCUUGGAUUCAAAGCGAAGGAACUAACUGAAGAAGAGAAGAAGAUUUUAGAGGAGCAACAGCGUAGAUUAGCCGAAAAAGAAAGAUCAUGCACCAUCCCUGACGAUGACCGGGUCAAAUUAAGCGAAUAUUUUGCCGAAGCUGACAUAAACGCAAUCGUCGGCUUGAUGGCAGACAGUGCCAAAACUGUUGAAGUUAGCAAAGUUUUUGACGACAAAGAAGAAAGAACCAAGGUACAUAGGUUGAUCCGCGAGAUAUUCAACAAUCGUAUUGAAUCUGUUACCACUUCGAGUAAUACUUUCAUAUUUGGACACAAUGCAAACAAAAACCGUAGAAGAAAGAACAAGCAAAUAAAUAACACUAUUCACCAUGAUCUAGGUGAACGUAAAGACUUUUUACAUUUUGCUUUGUACAAAGAAAAUAAGGAGACCAUGGAAGUCGCAAGUAUCUUGGCAAAAUUCUUGAAAACACAGGUCAAAAGUGUUAAGUAUGCUGGUACAAAGGAUAGAAGAGGUGUCACGGUGCAAAAGAUGUCGAUUGAAAAAUUCUCGGUCGAGAGAGUGACAACAUUGAAUAAAGCACUAAAAGGCUGUAAGUUGGGGUGUUUUGAAUAUAAGGACUCUCCAAUGAAAUUGGGUGAUUUGAAAGGUAACGAGUUUAUCAUCACAAUCAAAGAUGUUGAGAGCGUUGAUCCUAAUAUUUCUGUUGAGGAUGCCUUGAUCCCAAUCUUGAAUUCAUUAAAAGAAAUUGGAUUCAUCAACUACUUUGGUAUGCAAAGAUUCGGAACAUUCUCAAUUUCCACGCAUGAGAUCGGUAAGGAAAUCUUGAAAGGGAAUUGGAAAAAUGCAGGAGAAUUGAUUUUAGGAGAGCAAAAGGUAGUAAUUCCGGGUUCCAUUGAAGCAAGAAAGAUCUGGGCAGAAACAAGAGAUGCUUCAUCUGCGUUGAAGAAGAUGCCAAGAAAAUGUAGUGCCGAAUACUCCAUUUUGAGUAGACUUGAAAGAAGUCAGAAAGACGAGAAUGGAGAGUUUGAUGAAAACGCUUAUUUUAAUGCCAUCAUGGGUAUACCUAGAAAUUUGAGAAUCAUGUAUGGUCAUGCGUAUCAGUCUUUUGUUUGGAAUUGUGUUGCAUCGAAGAGAAUACAGCUUUAUGGGUUGAACGUUGUUGCAGGAGACUUGGUGCUAUGCAGCAAUGAGAAGAUUAUGGAUGAAUUCAACAAAGAGCUAGAGAAUAAGUUUGUUGAUAACGACGAUAGUGUCAUACAGGAUUUGAAAGAAAGUCAUGGAUUGAAGGCUAGACCAAUAACGCAAGCCGAAGUCGACGCAAAGAAAUUUGAUAUCUAUGAUGUUGUUUUACCAACUCCAGGAUACGAUGUAAUUUAUCCUCAAGAGGAGGCGUUGAAAAAUGUUUAUGUUGAGGUCAUGGCUAGGGAUGGAUUGGAUCCUUUUGGUAUGACACGUAAGGUUAGGGAGUUUUCCCUGGCAGGUUCAUACAGACAGCUGAUCUCCAAAAUUGAUAACCUCGAGUACCAUUUUAGAAAGUACAACGAAGUUUCCGAUCAACUAGUACGUACAGAUAAGGAGAUCUUGACCCUAAAGGAGGAGGCAGAAAACAAGGAUGCCGUAAUCAAGCAGAUUCUAGAUGGUGUUCCUGAUGGUGAAAAAAUCGCUGUCAUCUUGAAGAUGCAACUAGGUGUAUCUACCUAUGCUACUAUGGCUCUUAGAGAGAUUCUACAAGGUGACACUUCUCGUUUUGGAGGAAUUGUUAAUUUGCAAAAGAAACAGAACUAGACGGGUCUAUCGGCCCAUUGGCCCCUUUUGAGGGAAGUGGGCACAUGAAAAUUACCAACGUGGAAUGUUAUUUAUUUCCGUUUUCGGACAUUGCUGAUGUUCCCCAUGUAUAGUAGUAACUUCACAAACUGAAACGGUGUCUUUUCGACUCUCCAUUUAGGUUGGUAUAUAUAUAGAGAUAUAUAAAAGUUUACGGUCCAUUAUAUUGCGAUUGCUCUUUAAGUCCAGUUCUCGGACGAUUCUUUGCUUCAACAAAUAAAAACAUACCUUGUUCAAAAGCCGGGGGUUCACAGUACACAUUGCUGUAAAGAGAAGAAAUAAAUUAGAAAAGAAA